AUGAAGACGUCGUUGCUCCUUCCCUUUGUCGCCUUCGCCUUCCGCGUCCUGGCAGCUAUACCUCCAGCAUGCCUCCUCAGCGCUGUCAACACACAAAAUGAACCAGGUGACCUGUCAUCCAUUUGCGGUAACGAGGCAACCGACGUGCAGAAGGCAAUUGCUAGCAUGUGUAGUGGCAAUGCUGUCUCGGUGGCACAGUCUGCAUUCAUUUCGACUUGCUCUGCUGCGGGUUCUUCUGUCGCUCCAUACACAGCAUCCUCUUCAAACUCGACCACAAAAGGCUCCGCUACAUCCACGGCCGGCACCUUCAUCUACACCACCGCUGUCUACAACUCCGACUGCAGCUGUACCACGACAAUCGUCACCUCCGCUACCACCGGCGCCGCUAUCUCCACUGGUCUUGCAAGUGCCACGGCAACAGGUGGCAGUGGUGCUUCCGCGUCCAAUUCAGCAGGUGGUGCAGCAGCGACCGGCAAUGCUGCCGCGGACGCUAAGCAAGUGGGAAGCUUUGCUGCUGCUGUUAUUGCCAUUGCUGGUGUUGUUGCAGUUUUGUAA